CUGUUAUACAGUACAAAACGCAUAAAAAAGCGUGAUUGCACCGGCAAGCCUGGUGCCUUCCAGCCUGGGUUUUUUGGUGCUGAAUAUUUCGUUUUCCAGCACAACAAGUGGGGAAAGGAAGAGAAAUCUUCGAAUCCGUUCAAGAAAGGAGAAGAUUUUGAUCUUCGCAUUCGGGUUCACGAUGACAAAUUUGAAAUUUUCGGAAAUCAAAAAGAAAUUCACGUCUAUAAAACCCGUGUCAACAUUGCCGCAGUGGAGUAUUUCGCCGUCCGUAAAGACGUACAGUUGAAAGGAGUACACUGGGGCGGACGCUAUUACAAUUUGCCGUUCGAGACUCAGUUUCCUGGUGGAUAUCUGAGGGCCGAAGAACGAGUCUACGUCUAUGGUAUCCCGAAGGGUGAUCGUUUCGAAAUCAAUUUCUUGGCACAAAAUGGUGAUAUCCUUUUCCACUUCAACCCGCGAUUUAAAGAAAAGAAGAAUUGCACCUCAUCUGGACGUGAGAGUGUAAAUCGGGAAUCAGUGAAAGACCCGCAUUAA